AUGCCUCGACAAUCUUCACCCCUUUCCCCUCUUGCCACGACCUUCUACAAUUACUGCUUUGGCUCUGACGAUAUGACACCUACACCUACCUCCCCACAGGCCGAGCAUAGCCCUCAGCUCAUCACCCCACAAGUAAAGCUCGUCAAGCCAAAGUCGAAAUCGCCUCCUCGCUCGAAAAUAAUCAAGGAGGAGGCAACCAGUCCCAAAACACGCUUACCUCCCAUAUCUAUGGUCUCUGCAGACACCUCAACUCGCCUGCAGACCAAACUAUUCAAUCAGGGAGGACACAUCUCACCUUCUGCUAUAUCACCCAAAGCGAAACCACCCUCUCCUGAUAGAGAACGAAAAACGAUGCCCGUGAGAAGACAAUCAAGGUUUGAUCCCAUGAUCGCAUCGGACAACGAAGAGAUGAUGGAGGAUGAAGGUUACGGUGAUCUAGGGUUGAAACAUCCUUUGAGGAGAGUCAAAGAAGAAGAAGGUACCAAGGAUAACAAGAUAACGCCACCUGAAUCAAUCACUCUACCGCCUAUCAAAUCAUUGUUUGGAGUAGCAAGCGAUCACACUCAAUCACCUGCAUCAUCCUCAUUAUUCCAAUCACCAUCAUUACCGUCCCUCAUCCCCAAUUCCCCGUCAGGUUCCCCCAGUUCCGCUCGUACCUCGCGAUACUCAUCUCUGGCAUCAUCAGCUGUGCCAGAGAAUUCUGCAGGAUGGUGGGCACCGGAAUUCGAAAAAGGUUCAUCUCCAUUCCAACCUACUCCUUAUAGAUCCAAUUCUUUCCCUACCAUACCGUACGUCUCUGAUGAGACUGGACAGAAAAGACGAAGAUCCGACGGUCCACCAGCUUUGCGAGAUGCAGAGGAAUCAGCCAGAUUAAGAUGGCAAGCUCAAUCAAGAAAUGCUUCUUUCCCUAUGGCUACUUCACCUGCACCUCCUUCAGCUGGACCAUCCAAUUCAUCAUCCGGUCUUCGGGGCUUACUGCACCCACCUCAAGCUUCCUCUGCUGGUGUUUCAGCAUCCAUGUCACGUUCCUCGCUAUCCGGCUCAACCACCGGUGGGCGUCUGUCACCUACGUUGGAAGAUGAACCUCUCCCAUUCUCCAGACGACCUUCUCAAGCAUCAAGAAACCCUUCGCUUGUCGGUGGUCAGCUCUCUAGCCAUUUCGCAGGAUUAUCAGCUUCGGACAGAGAUAAACCCGUAUCAAGCGAGAUGCCUCCUCCCCUCCAGACUGCUCCUCCAGAAAGACGAGGUUCCGCCAUGUUACCACCUCUAGCUGCGAUGGACGAUAGCAAUAACAGGUUGUUCCCUCCACCCUCGAGUCUAAGUCGAUCAGCUUCUCCUGCAUCUGAUAUAAUGAGAAAACAGUCGCUCACUAGACCACCUUCACCUGAGAUGACUGGCCGACCCGAAUUACGCAGAUCGUCAUUAACCGAAAUUAUCAUGCAGAAAAGUGGCGAUAUGAACAUGGGUUUGACCGCCAACAGCAAUAAUAGGUUCGGUCCUUCUCAUCCUCAUGCCAACGAAUUGGGAUUAGCAACGAGCGUAUCGAUGGAUAAAUCCUCUUUCUCCGAACCUGUACCGCCAUUACAUCACACCAUUCAAUCUGCUCCUCCGUGGGCCACGAGAAGGGAAUCUACAGAUUCGGUCAAAUCGUCGCAUGAGUUUGAAUCUGGACCUGGACCGUCGUUAUCGCUAAGAGGAAGGAAGAGAUCAGUAGUGGAGACGCGUCAGAAUCAGCUAGAUGAAGAUGCAGAAAUGUCCACUGCGGGUGGUGGUGAUCCAGGUAUGAGAGGAAUGGAAGUGUUGUUAGCUGCUGCUGCGGUUGAGGAAGAGCGUAAAGUGAGAAAGAGCAGUGAAGAGGAUGAAGAUGAACCAUUGAUGAAAUUGAAUAAUGGUAAUGGGUCUGCAACUGGUGGAGCGAAUGGCGGACCGAAAUAUACUUGUGCUUUUUGUGCAAAGACUUUCUCGAGACCAAGUAGUUUAAGGAUCCAUACGUACAGUCAUACUGGUGAAAGACCAUACGUAUGUAAGGAACCGACAUGUCGAAGGAGAUUUUCUGUUCAAUCGAAUUUGAAAAGACACGCAAAAGUACAUCAACUUGGAGCUGCUGCUGGACUACAACAAUCCAACGGACAUGGACAUGGUCAUCCACAUCCACAUGGACCACCUGGUUUGCCGAUGCAUCCUCAUGGACAAGGACAUCCGAUUCAUCCAGGUAUGCCAAGAGCACCUCAUUCACAUCCUGGGACUGUCACCCAGGGACCUGGACCUGGUCCAAUGUAUCAUCCUGGUCCACCACCACCCGGAUAUUACCCUCCUCCUCCACCAGGGUAUGUUCAACCUCAUCCUCAUCAUGCACCACAUUUCGGUGGACCACCUGGACCUCCUGGAGCACCAGGAUACGGCCCUCCUCCACCUCAUAUAGCUAUGGGUAUGCAGCAAUCGCAAGCCCCCGGACCAGGGCCAGGACCAGGUUGGAGAUCUAUUAGUUCGAGUAGGCGGACGUCGAGGGAUGAAGAUGUCAGUGAAGGAGAAGAGGAGGUGGAAGGUGAGGAGGAUGAAGAGAUUGAUGAGUUGGAAGAGGAUGAUUAG